GUAGAGUACUGUGUCUCUGUCCAUUACAUGCAGGUAGAGUACUGUGUCUCUGACUAUUACAUGCAGGUAGAGUACUGUGUCGCUGUGUCUCUGACCAUUACAUGCAGGGGUCAGCGUACUCUGUCCUGGGUGUGGCCUGAGACGACCCUGGUGGGAGAGGAGCUGACUGAUCGUCAGGCCGGCCCCAGGCCCAGCAGAGCCCCAGGGAGAGAGGCCGAGACUGGGUCUGGAACCCCUGUUUGUACCCCUGGGGCUGGAGUUGUGGGAGACCACCCCUUGGCCGGGGAGGGGACUGGUACGCCUGCUUCGGUCCCUGUCCAGAGAAGGGGAGUCAGCAUCCUGGAGUGUCCAGGGGAGCCUGGAAGGCCGUAUUGCAAGACCCUGGUCCUCACUGGAGCUAAAGGGAAUGAUACGGGUUACUACCGCUGUUACUACAGAGAUGUCAAGGCUGUCAUCGACGGGACCACGGCUGUUGCCUUAUAUGUGUUUGUCAGAGAUCUGGAGCAGCCUUUCCUCAGGAGAAACAGAGGAAGCAACGGUGACCUGGAGACCAUCUUUAUAACAAGAUCCUCCACUCACUUCACAGUACCUUGUCUAGUCACUGUGCCCGACCUCAUCGUCACACUUUAUCUGUGGGAAUCGAUACCUAUGCCCCUGGAGGAUGAGGGGAUGGUGUGGGACAGUAAAAGAGGCUGGUCCAUCCCUAGACAGACCUUAGACACUAGACCUUUCAUCUUAGGAUUGUACUGCCAAGCUGUACUACAGGGGAGAGUGUACCGCUCUCCCCACUACGUGGUGCACUUCACAGGAAGUCAGCUUUACGAUGUCAAGCUGUAUCCUGAGGACUCGGUGGAGCUGAUCAUGGGGGAAGCCCUGACUCUCAACUGUAGCGCCACUGUAGAGUUUGGCAUGUCUGUCGAGUUCCAGUGGUCCUAUCCUGGAAAACAGAUGAACAAUACAGUGGGCAUAGUGCACAAGCGUAAUUCUCUGUCUCGGUUCACGGAGGCAGACAGCAUCCUGACCAUCCAAAGUGUCAACGUCACCGACACUGGCACUUACACCUGCUCUACCAUCACGAUGAAGAAAACAAUGGAUCUGGCAACGCAAGUCAUAGUGCAUGAGAAGCCAUUCAUUAGCCUAGACUACAGGAGCGGGCCGGUCAUCGAGGCAACAUCAGGACAGAAGUCCUUUAAACUGUUAGCCAAGGUGUCAGCAUACCCCAGACCUGACAUACAGUG